AGGAGUUUCUGUAUUUUAGUUUGUGUUUUUCUGAGGAGCAACACCGCAUGGACUUGGCAUCAGUUGCACGUUGCCCCACUUCAUAGUUUUUUAAGUCGCUUUUAAGUUUUAAUCAUGCUGAAAAAUAAUGGAAAAAAGACAGCGAUCUCCGUAGCCUGCACAGGAUGCCUCUGCCUGUUGCUGCUGCUGCUGCUGGUCGCUGUGCAGCAUCACCGCGUCCAGGUGUCCGAGGAGACGGACGGAGAGGACGCAGCUGCGCGCUCUGCGCCGGAGGACCACGCGCUGCCCGCCCAGGAUAAGAAAGGAUUCUCGACCUACUUCUCCAAGCUGGCCCGGGAGCGCAGGGAGGUGGAGAAGCCCGCACGGACCUCAGCCGCCGCCUCGGACCCCCCUCCGGCUGAGGACAUCAGCGCGGCUGAUGUCUUCGUCGCCGUGAAGACAACCAAGAAGUUCCACCAGUCCAGGCUAAAUCUGCUGCUGGAGACUUGGAUCUCCAGGAACAUGCAACAGACUUACAUCUUCACAGAUGGCGAAGAUGAUGAGCUAAAGAAGAAAAUCGGAAGUCACGCAAUCAACACCAACUGUUCUGCUGCUCAUAGUCGCCAAGCUUUGUCCUGCAAGAUGGCGGUAGAAUACGAUAAGUUUAUUGAGUCAGGAAAAAAAUGGUUCUGUCACGUGGACGACGAUAACUACGUGAAUGUUCGGACUCUUGUGAAGCACUUGUCUCAGUACCCCCACACCCAGGAUUUGUACAUUGGUAAACCGAGUCUGGACCGGCCGAUAGAGGCCACAGAGAGGCUAGGUGACAACAAAAUGAAACCAGUCAACUUUUGGUUUGCCACGGGAGGAGCUGGCUUUUGUGUGAGCCGGGGUCUGGCACUGAAGAUGAGCCCGUGGGCCAGUGGCGGUCACUUUAUGAACACAGCAGAGAAGAUCCGUCUGCCCGAUGACUGCACCAUUGGCUACAUCAUUGAGUCUGUUCUGGGAGUCCCUCUGACCCGAAGCAGCUUGUUUCACUCCCACCUGGAAAACCUGCAACAGGUGUCCCGAUCUGAGAUUCACAAACAGAUCACUCUCAGUUAUGGGAUGUUUGAAAAUAAAAGCAAUAUCAUCAGCUUGAAAGGGGCUUUUUCUGUGGAGGAGGAUCCAUCAAGGUUUAAAUCCGUGCACUGUCUGCUGUACCCAGACACUCCAUGGUGUCCCCCUCAGGUUGCCUUCUAGGGUGACCGCUCCUUUCUCAUCCUCGUCCCCGUCGCGCCUCGGUAUCUGAAACGCUCACGGGGACCAGUGUUUUUUCUUAGGAGACCGUGUUGCUGCUGCAUUGACGCCGCAGCCGUGCAUGGUCUGGAAUUGUUUUACUAGGCUGCUGUGCGGCUUAUCUUUGGACUCUUUUCUUCCUCUGUGGGGCCACAACUCCAUCCCAUAAAGCUGGGGCGGAGGAGUUCGUCUGUCAGAAGGAAGUAGCUUUUGCCAUUUAGCUUUGCAGGCAAUCACUUGUGCUUUUUGUGAUGUAAAUGUUGCUUGUAAAUGCAUCAGAAAUUCUUAUAGAAUGUAUUCUCAUAUAUUCAAGCCUUUUUGCCAGCACUCUAUUUUCUUUCUUCUGUUAAAAACUGAAAUGCCACUCAGGUCCGUUUUGGGCUUAGAGAUAUUUUAUAACGUGAACACUUUUCUUUCUGACAUUUGCAUUCAGUUCUAGUCUAAACGACUCCGGAUAAAUGCUCUGAGAUGAAGAUUUUGCUGUAAUUUUACGUGAACAGUGUUACUUUUCCCACAACCUGAGCUGGCAGUUGGCAGAUUUCCAAAUGCAUUUUUUUCUUUGAGGGACCUAAUCUGAAGUAUGUCAGAACAAAGCACUUUCCAUCCCUUAUUGUAGAAAAAAGAGAGACUUUUUUAAUGAUUAACUGACUGAGUUUAUGUCCUUUUAAGACAUACUUUAGAUUUGAUUCCAAGGAGAACAAAAAUAACCCCCUAAGAGUCUAACUUCCCUAUUCAUGUCUAUGUAUUUAAUAACACUCCUUGCAUUAGUUACAAUCAGGGAAAAGCAAUGAGUGGAAGAGAUUGUGUUUCGGGGAGAGGGGGUAACCAUAUGCUUUGAAGAGGUUUUAUAUUGUUUUAAGAAUUGCACAGCUGUGUUUCAAAUGACCUGAUGUCUGCACCUCACCUCUACAGACCCCUCACAACAGAGAAGUACUGGCUAAAACAGCCAAGAAACAGCAACAUCUGCUUGUAUAGUCCAUGCUGCAGUCUGUUGUGGCUUGCACAAAAAGCAUUAGGAGUUUAUCUGUUAUUGUCAGCACAAUUGGUCCUUAUUUACACAUAAAUCCAGCUGGUUAUUGUUGAGGUGAGAGCAGCGUCAGUGUUUCCACAUGGAGGUGUUUUGAUCCCUCUGUGUCCUCUCUCACCCAUAUUGGGUUUCAUCUUUAUGGCGGUAUUGUAUACUGCACUUUUGUUUAAAAGAGUAGUGAUUGUGUAUGCUUAGAAUGUAACGUUCUCAUCGUGGUUUACACCAAUUUUAAAUGACUUGGCCAGGGUUUGUGUUAUUUUUUUGGUAUUGCCUUGAACUGUACUACAUGACUGGUGUUUAUUCUCCAGUAUCUGGAGGGUUUUAGCAGUUCAUUCCCACAUCUGACUUCUCAGGGAUUAUGAGCUGAUCCUGGUAUUAACCACCAAGGGACCCACGGUGGGACCCGAAAAGUUGAAUAAAAGUGCAUAACCACUGGGAACCUUUUA